AUGCCAGUCAUCCGAAUCACCGCUGUGAAGAUCUAUCUACUCAUCACCGCAACGAUCAGUGCAGUUUGCUGUAAGAUCUCUUACGAUCUAGCUCUAACGACACUAUUGGCCUUCUUGACACCUUUAGCUCUUUCCACGGUGUUAGCUUUCGAUUUCGGGAGCCCGGUGAACGAAGCCCGCCACCGUCUUAGAAGCCGCAGGAGGAUUGGCAGAAGUCCUGCGUCCACUCCGACAGCUGCCCAUACAACACCGCACCUGCCGAGUACCGAACGACGAUCGAGUGAUGGUGAAAUCACAGCCACGCCGCGCAGUACCACGACGACCGCCGAUCGAUCACCAGUUUUCAUCCCACACCAUCCCGAUCCCACCAUACAGGAGCGUUGCUGCGUCAGCAAGGAAACACACGAGUUUCAAUGCUCAAGUCUCGACAUGAACAGCCUACCUUCAGCGUUCAAGACCAUGCUAGAGACUGUCCAACACAUCUUGAGUUACGCAUAUAUCGAAGAUGCACUACAGAGCCUGGGAAACUUGGCUGAUUUGGGUUCGUUGGUCGAUGAAGGUAGACCGAAACCUCCGCGGCUCAUGGCAAUAGGUCUCGACUGGCAUCCAUCUUGCGUUCGCCCGUUCCUCAGAACCUUGCUUCAAUUUGCUGGGUUGGAUACCCGUGUCAUAUGUAUCAAAGUGUCUGAACAGCAGGAGGAUUCCGCUACAAGAGAUGGAGAAGUCGACAUCUUGCUCUGCUUGAAGGGUAGCCACUGGCGACCCAACGCAACACGCUGCACCACUUCUGACAUAAUCCCUAUAUGCCCACUUGUGGUCAGAGACGGUUCUCAGGAUGACUUGAUUGGUCGUCUCAGGGGAUGGCUCACGGAGCAUUUCGAGUGCCUCGAGGAAAACAGAAUCGCCCAAGACAGCUGCAAGUGGCCAAUUCCUUACUUCGUAGUGGAUGGUAACUUGUGGAGUUUCGGGUUUGCAAUCAGACAUGGCAGCAGCAUCGAACUGUACAAUCAAAUGGUUGGUAGCAUGGGGUGGAACAAUGGCGUCCAAAAGCUAGUUGUCGUCCUCCGCCAUGUCAUCCAGUCUACAGAUACGCGUUACCGAGAGUGGUACUACGAACGCCCCUAA